AUGAAAACAUCAACAACACCUCGGAUCUCCCCUCGUGAAGAAAAUUCUGCAGUGCAAGCGAUACCACCAACAGAGAUUCCAAUGGGAAAUCCUACAGUAGUUUCAAUGCCUUUGAUCUUGGACUGGUGCUUGGUUUUUGAACCUUAUUGUUCUGCAGCUUCCAUCUUCUUGGCUCGAGCAGCUACUGAAUCUUCCAGGCCUCCAGUGUGCAGAAGACUCUGUGGAUUUUUUACCUCUGAUCCUGCAGAGACAGCCCUUGUCUCGGAAUACAUGAAACUUUUCCAAUUCGACAUGAAAAUCGUUAAUAGUCCACAAAAGGAGGACUUACUGCUUAAAAGCAAUGCCUUUGUUUUUUUUGUUUGUUUGUUUGUUUUUUGUUUUGUUUUGUUUUGUUUUUGUUUUGUUUUCUUUCCAGAUUGGCAGAUUGCUACUCUGGCCUUACUCUUGGGUGGUGCAGCCAUCAUUCUCAUUGCAUUCCUGGUGGGUUUGAUUUCUAUCUGCGUGGGAUCUCGAAGGCGCUUCUACAGACCUGUUGCUGUUAUGCUUUUUGCAGCAGUUGUUUUACAGGUUUGCAGCCUGGUCCUUUACCCAAUCAAGUUCAUUGAAACUGUGAGCUUGAAAAUUUACCAUGAGUUCAACUGGGGUUAUGGUCUGGCCUGGGGUGCAACUAUAUUUUCAUUUGGGGGAGCCAUCCUUUACUGCCUGAACCCUAAGAACUAUGAAGAUUACUACUAAUACUGAGUGUCAAAUUAAAAAAAUAAAAAAGCAAAAGCAAAAGCAACCAUCUAACAAAAGAAUUACAUGUGCAUCUUUUCUGUUUUCUAAAACACAUGUGGAGCAUUCAGCAGUUUGCUCAUUCGAUUUAAUACCCUUUGCCUUUUGGCUGUCAAUAUCAUAACCAGCUUUUACAUGCAUUUUAGGGACCUGCACAAAUUAAGAGAGCUGAUUAGACAUAGGCAAAUGCUUCAAACUUCCAAUAUGUUCGUGUCAUUUUUCUUGACAAGUGAAGGGUCUAUAUGACAGCAACUAUUGUGAGAAACUAGUUGGAAUGAAAAUUGCCUGAAUCUCAUAUUGCCUGCAGGGGAGCAGCUGCAUAAGCAGCAUUUAGAAGUUCCUUUGCUCUGAUAAGGAUGCCAUUGUUAAAUCCUGCAUCACCUAUGUUUUCCACCCAAUGACUACAUUGGUUGUUGGUAAUUGAGUGAGUUCUUGAAAAGCGAAUUGCCCUUUGGCAUCUUAUGGGUGUUGCAGAUAUAUCUGGUUAAUGGUACACAUUCCACUUUCAAGAAUAUUUUUUUAAUAGGAGGCUAUGUUUUGGCAAUCAGCAUCUCCCUUGAAAGAAAGUCCAGACUUGGAGACAUGAGCUUUUCAUUAUAUGCUUAGAAAUUGUGCCUCAGACUUGCUAGAAGGGGAGAAAACUGAGGAUCUCUGCUUUCCCUGGGGCAAUCAGAAAGAAACAUGCAUGAGUUGCUUUUGUACCCUUUAAAUCAUUUAUCAAACAUUGCAGCAAACAACUGUGCUUAUGUAACAAACUUAAAUAUUUUUUAUAGAAGGUGAAUCAUUAGUGUAAAUGGUAAUUUGUUCCCUAACCCUGCACAUGCAUUUACCAAUUACAUAUAAAAUUAAUAUUUGCUCUUGUGAAGUGGUUUGAACACUAACCUUGUACACAUUAAGAGGCUUAGAUUGGUUCUCACAUUCAUUUACCAUAUAAAAGUACAUAUACUUUAAGGCUUUUGCUCUAUGUUCUCUACUGUUUCACUGGAAAGUAUUAAUAGAAUUGCCUAAGAAGAAAAAUUAAAAUGGUGUUAAUAUGCGAAUUAAUGAUUGUUCCAUAAGCACUGUAGUUCAAAAGAAAGUAGCAAUUAGGAUGAUCACUUUGUGUAAAAUUCAUUAAAAUAGAAGGCUGCUAUAUUUUGCAAGUAUUUUAAAUGUCUUCGUUUUUUAAAAAUAGCGAUAGAUUUAUAUAAAUGUCUCAAUGUCUUGGUAGAGGAAUAUAAUUCAUUUAGUUAUCACCUGGUCCUCUGGAACUAACUAAUGGGCUGAUUUGUGCACACAAUUAUGAUGGAUUUAUGUUGAGGAAAUCAUUUACUCACUGUUCCAAGGGAAGAAAAUAUCAAUAAUAAGUUUGCAGCUAAUCUCACACGGCAAACUUGUAUCAAACAUGUUUAAUAUACAAAUUUGGAUAGUUUAAUUAUAAACCUAUUUUUAUAUAAAAUAUACAAUUCUAAUAUAAAAGUUAUAAAUAAUUAUUUUUCUUAAAGACACUACAACAGUAUGUUCUGAUUUGACCCUCUUGCAGAAAGCAGCAUUGGAAAAAUAAAACAUGUCUAUUUAUUAUUAUACUACAAAAACCAUUGCAAGCAGGACCACAUCGUGAAUAUUUAAUAAUUUUCUUUGCCUCCAAGAGCAGAUUUCUGCUUCUAACUUGUCUUAAAAUGGUUGCCAAAACCAACAGCCCCCACCCAACAAAACUAUUUUAUUAUUCAAAUGCCAAAAAAAGUCACUUAUAUGGUGAAUUUUCUACAGAAUAAAAAAAGUAAAUAUGAAGUACCAGGCCUAUUCUCAUUUUGGUAAUGAUAGACAAAUGUAUAUCCUAGAGAGAAACCUCUAUAAACGUGUGUGAUUCUGUAAAGAAUCAUAAGAAACUAUGAAUGGAAGUGUUCCAGAAAGAUGCUAUUAUUGUAGAAUAUUUGGAAGCGAUCUUCCUGAGGAAUAGUAAAAUCUGGGGCAAACUCACUUGAAGUUAAUUGCAUAUUUUCAAAACAGCAUAAGAAAAUAUUUGGACUUUGGUUAUUAAAGACACUUGUGUGAACAUCUCUUUAUUCCGAAUAGUGGAAGAACAGUACUUUGGUGCUGGAAUCAGUGAGAUACCUUCCUUGGACCCAGUGGAGGAUGCAGUGUGCUAUUAGACCAAUAUCGUGAUCUUACCAAGUUUUCAUUCUCUGUCAGUAUGACAAAGUGGAGAAUGAUGAUAUCAAUAUGUCGAGGCACACAUAUUUGCAGUUUACUGAAAAGAUUUCUUCUAUAACUUUUCCCUUCCC